AUGGCGGCACCACGACCCAACGUUCUCAUCAUUCUCGCCGAUGAUCUCGGUUUCUCCGAUGUCGGGGCUUUCGGCGGUGAAAUUGAGACGCCGAAUAUCGACAGGCUUGCACAAGAGGGAUUGCGCCUGACUGAAUUCCACACAGCGUCGGCAUGCUCGCCCACAAGGGCUAUGCUCUUGUCCGGUACCGAUCAUCAUGUUGCUGGCAUUGGAUCCAUGGCUGAGCGCAUGACGGAGGAAAUUGAGGGAAAACCAGGCUACGAGGGGUAUCUCAAUGACCGCGUAGUUUCUUUGCAGGAGAUCCUCCGUGACGCUGGCUACGAAACCCUGAUGUCCGGGAAGUGGCACCUUGGCCAAACGCCGGAUCGAAUCCCAGGUGCAAGAGGAUUUGACCGCUCAUUCAGCAUGCUGCGUGGCUGCCACAACCACUAUGGCUGGGAGCCAACCAUUGCCGAAGGACGACACACGAUGCCCCGGAUGGCAGCCACGCUAUGCAGAUUAUACUCGGAGAACGAUAAGAUCAUCAGCCCGGACGAUCUUCCGAAGGGUUUCUACUCCUCGGACAGUUUCACGGAUACCCUUCUAGAGUACCUGGACGACAGACAAGAACGGAAGGACGGCCGGCCCUUCUUUGCGUACCUACCUUUCAGUGCGCCGCAUUGGCCCUUGCAAGCACCCAAGGAGUCGAUCGACAAAUACAAAGGCGUCUAUGAUGGCGGUCCAGAAGUAUUGCGCCAACAGCGGCUCAAAUCACUUAAAGCAAUGGGCCUCGUUCCCGAGUCUGCCGUUCCGGCAGCUGUUGUUGCCAAGGCCGAAGACGGGUCUGACGUCAAGACCUGGGAAGAGAUGACCGAAGAGGAGCGGCGGCUCUCAGCAAGAAAGAUGGAAGCUUAUGCUGGCAUGGUAGAUCGUAUCGACUGGAACGUGGGGCGGGUGGUGUCCUUCCUGGAGAAGACCGGACAGAUGGACAACACUAUUGUCAUGUUUUUCUCUGACAAUGGCGCAGAAGGAGCGCAAUUCGAGGCUUGGCCCAUCACCGCUGGUGGUGACAUCGAAGCUCAUAUUAAAAAGUAUCAUGACAAUUCGGUGGAGAAUAUUGGGGCUUACAACUCUUUUGCUUGGUAUGGCUCCCGAUGGGCCUCAGCAUCGACAGCGCCUAGCCUGCUCUUCAAGAUGUUCACCUCUGAAGGGGGCAUUAGAGUUCCUUUCGUCAUGAGAUACCCGCCUUUGUCCAAAGUCAAGCCCGGCUCAGUCGAUCACUCUUUCUGUACUGUGAUGGACAUUAUGCCCACUAUUCUGGACAUCUGCCAAAUCCCGCACCCUGGCACGCUAUAUAACGACCGCGAGGUUGCCCCUGUGGCGGGAAGAACGUGGCUACCAUACCUAAAGGGGGAAGAGAACGCUAUUCAUUCUGAGGACCACGUGACUGGAUGGGAAUUGUUUAAUCGCAGGGCCAUCCGCAAAGGACCAUGGAAGGGACUCUACAUCCCAAAGCCACAUGGACCGGAACGCUGGCAGCUUUUCAACGUUCUCGAUGACCCUGGCGAAACAAACGACCUCGCCGAGACCUUACCCGCCAAGAUGAAGGAGAUGGUUGGCUUGUAUGCGGACUACGUCAAAAAGCAUGGAGUCAUUGAGCAGUCCAUGGCGAGUAGAGGCAAAUGGAAUGAUCGACUGAAUAGCCAAGCUUAG